AGAUUGUUAAACAUCUGACCUUUUUAUUCAGUGCUAAGGUUAUCUUUGAUGUAAUCAGUAAGGCAUAAUGUCCGUCUGUUUAUAUUUAUGCUCAUAUUUAAAAAGAGAAACACUAAAGCACCGCCAGCAGGAAAUAAUUAGUUCGUCAGAAGUGGUAGCAUUGUACAGCGGCAGACAGAGUGUGUCAUGUGGAAGUGUUGAUAGUGUACUUUCGUUGUAAUUAGUUUAGUGACAGCAUUAAAGAUGAACGAAGGUUACAGUGAAAAUAAUGAAUUCUGUAAUUACCGAUCCCCACUCUCAACAAGGUACGCAUCGAAAGAAAUGCAGUACAACUUUAGUGACAUGAAGAAAUUCUCCACAUGGCGUAAGCUGUGGGUGUACCUUGCUAAAGGGGAGAAGGAAUUGGGGUUGGAUAUUACUGAUGACCAGAUUUCAGAAAUGGAGGCUCACAUCUAUGAUAUUGAUUUUACAAAGGCAGCAGCUGAGGAGAAAUUGACUCGUCAUGAUGUCAUGGCCCAUGUCCAUGUCUUUGCAGAACUGUGCCCCAAAGCUGCUGCCAUCAUUCAUCUGGGUGCAACCUCCUGCUAUGUGGGAGAUAACACUGAUCUCAUAAUUCUGCGUGAUGGGUAUGAUCUUCUGCUUCCCAAGCUGGCUGGCUGUAUUCACAGGUUAGCUGGGUUUGCAGACCAAUACAAGAGCUUACCAACCCUUGGUUUCACUCACCUUCAACCUGCUCAGCUGACAACAGUUGGUAAACGAGCAUGUUUAUGGCUUCAAGAAUUACUGAUGGAUGAAAGGGCACUACGACGAGCCAGAGAUGACUUGAGGUUUCGUGGAGUGAAGGGUACAACUGGCACUCAGGCAUCAUUCCUUCAGCUAUUUAAUGGAGACGGUUCUAAGGUUAAGGAACUUGAUCAGCUUGUGACUAAGAUGGCCGGUUUCCAGCGCUCCUUCAUCAUCUGUGGCCAGACAUAUUCCCGUAAAGUGGAUGUCGAGAGCAUUGCUGUUCUCAGCAGCCUAGGGGCCACUGUCCACAAGAUUUGUUCAGACAUCAGAUUGUUAGCUAACAUGAAGGAGUUAGAGGAACCUUUUGAAACUACACAAAUUGGAUCUAGUGCAAUGCCAUACAAGCGUAAUCCUAUGCGCAGUGAGAGGGUUUGUUCCAUUGCCCGUCAUCUGAUGACUCUUCAGGGAAACACUUUACAAACUGCAGCCACCCAGUGGAUGGAGCGUACACUUGAUGAUUCAGCAAAUAGGAGGAUCACACUGGCUGAGGCUUUCCUGUCAGCUGACAGUAUACUUGUGACACUGCAGAACAUUUGUGAGGGCAUUGUCGUGUACCCCAAAGUUAUUGAACGUCACAUCAGGCAAGAACUUCCCUUCAUGUCUGCUGAGAAUGUUAUUAUGGCUAUGGUAAAAGCUGGCGGAGACCGGCAGGUGUGCCAUGAACAAAUUCGAGUGCUUUCCCAGGAAGCCGGAGCACAGGUGAAACAGCAUGGGCUGGAUAAUGAUCUUGUAGAAAGAAUACGCAAGUCUCCAUAUUUUGUGCCCAUCCUACCUUAUCUUGACACUCUGCUGGAACCAUCAACAUUUGUGGGAAGAGCUCCUGAGCAGGUGACUGAAUUCCUUCAGGAAGAAGUGUAUCCAGUUCUAGAACAAUACAAGGGACAAAUUGGAAAACCUGCUGUACUAGAAAUAUAGUACUGCCAUACUAAGUAGUUAUCCCUAAGAUGGAAGGAACGAUGAUGAGAUAUUCUGAUAGUCAUCACUAAGCAGGUGUGAUGUCACCUCACUCCCAGGACUGCAUGCUGUGCGUCUGUUGGUCCUGUGUAUGGUACUCCCAACCUGUUGAUUGUCCCAGCAUGAAUGUCUUUUUGCCACCUAAGACUGAACAGAUCUAUGAUGUCAUGUAUAUGUGAAUUUUGGUUCUGGUUAGUAACAUACUGAUUGUAUUCAUAUUUCUUUUAUUAAGAGAAAGUAAUAAUGUUUUUGAACAGACAGGAUUUUAUAUAAAGAUUGGCGGUAGGUUGAUAUGUCUCUCAGUGGAAUCCUUAAAAGUACAUAUACUUAUAAGUAAGAGGGGGGGGGGGGUGGAUACAAAUGAGAAGACAAUAAUGUCUAAAUUUAAUAGCAAUUUCUAGAAGAGACUAGUAUCUUUCAGUGUAUUGAUUCAUAAAAAACAUAUUUUGACACGGGUGGUUGUAUAGACCUGUUAGUAUGUCUAUAAAGAACAUUAUAGUAUUACAUAAUGUGCCAUUAGGAAAUCACAACAUAUGCUUUUUCUUGUCAGCAUCGAAUCUGCAGAUAAACUAGUUCUAUAUUUGUGAUACUCUGUAGUUUUCAUGCUUAUUUUAUCAGCAUAUAUGCUGGGUAAAACAGGCUAUCUUUUAAACUUUUUGAUUUUCUUUGCUUUUUACUGUUUUCUGGUGUUUCGACACUAGGUUGUGCAUGCUUGUAACACAUUUGGUUCUGUACCACUAUGUAUUUUCACUAUGAAAUGUGAGCAUUAAAUACUGAAUUAAGGAUUAUGUACAAAGAAUUCAGUAAAUACCGGUAGUCAUGUGUAAGAACAUGUACAGUCAUGUAAGUAUAGAGACUAUUCUAACUCUUCAUUUAAAAUACAGAUUAUCCUUCAUAAUGCGUACUGCUCAGCAGUGUUUUGUAGACGUGUUGCAAGAAUAAGUGCAACCAUGAGAUUGUGUAUAUUCUGUAUUUCACCCUAUGCCUGUAAAUCUAUUUUUCUUCCUAAAAUGAUGGUGGGUGCCAGUCUGUGUUUUAACUGUUUGUUCAGAACCCUAAACCCAGUAAAUUGGAUUAUUAUCAUAAUGCAGUGAGAAUAAUAAAUUAUCCAUUCUGUAAGGUAUUUAUUAUUCCCUGUCCAGCUGUCUGUAUAAAUGUAUGAUGGUCCAUUUCGUCAUCAUGAAAGUUUUUUAUAUUAUGACCAUAAGAAAUUGGCUUGCUAGUGCAGUAUUGGCUGUGUACACACGUGCGUGUAUGUCCAUUUAUAGUAGUCUUCAUGUAUUGCAUGAUAAUAUUUUUGAUUUGUUUCAUUCUGGUCCGUCACACUAACAAUUACAAAUAUAAAUCACUCCGUCCAAUGUGACCUG